AUGGUUUGGUUAGGAGUUUGUUCAGAAGGCGUAACUCCUUUGGUUAUUUUGGAUACUGGCACGGUAAAUCAUCAACGAUAUAUUGAUGAAGUACUUCCUGUGGCUCUAAAGUAUGGAAAUAAUGUGUUUGGAGAUGAUUUGACAUUCCAGCAAGACGGCGCCAAGCCUCAUACUCACAAACUUUCUCAAAAAUGGUGCAAUGAUCAUUUUCCUGGAGUUAUUGACAAAGAUCAUUGGCCGCCGAAUUCUCCGUACUUGAACCCUUUAGACUGCUCUAUUUGGGACAAAUUUGUUCACAAAGUCAACUGGAACAAAGCUCAGUCAAAAAAAAAGUUAAUUGCGGAGUUGAAGCGAGCUGUGAAACGAAUUAGAAAAGAAGUUGUACUGAAAAGUUUGACUCUAUUUGGUUGCUGUCGAAUAUGUUGUAAAAAUGAUGGAAUAUUUAAUGAAAGUUGUUCACAAAUCUUUUUUAACACUGUAUCAACAACAACAGCUGAACAAUGA